AUGAGGAUACUUUCUGUUCUCCUCCCCUUCCUGUCUGCCUCCCUCGUCGCCUCCAAGUCCUUCUCGGUCUUCAGCCAUGACCAGGCGCCUCUAGCCAACUCCUUCGAUGUCCCAGGCAAGAACCCUUUGAAGUUCUGCGGCAAUCCCAAAAACUACAUCCUCGACAUCGACAAGGUCGAUCUGGACCCUAACCCACCCAAAAGCAACUCCAACCUCACCAUCACCGCCUCCGGCUCUUUCAGCGAAGACGUUGCCGACGGUGCCACGGUCGCCCUGACCGUCAAAUACGGCCUCAUCACCCUGAUCAAGACGACGGCCGAUCUGUGUUCGCAGAUCAAAGAAGUCGAUCUCGAGUGCCCGCUCAAGAAGGGAAAGAUGAGCAUGGUGCACGACGUCAAGAUCCCGAGAGAGGUGCCUCCGGGCCAGUAUACCGUGAUUGCGAAUGUGGUCUCCAAAGAUGCGGAGCCCAUCACCUGUUUAGAGACUACGGUUCAUUUCUAG